GUCAGGACUCGACGUGGUUCCAUCACGUGGGGGAUUUCUCGUAGACUCGUGUUUCGAGAGUACGAUCACGGCGCGACGUCUGAUCCAUGAAUUAAAAUCGUGCACCGGGGCAGCGUGAUCUCGCGGCCAGUUCCCGUCACGUCUCUCUCGUCUGUCAUUCUCGAUCGAUGAUCUGUCCGACGUGAUCGAUGGCAACGACAGAGUGACGACGAAGGAUACUGCGAUUUCUUUUUUUUCUUUCUUUUUUUCUUUUUUAGAAAACGCACACCGCCUCGCGCGAGAGUGAAUAUACGUACGUAGGUGAAUGGUGAUGGUAUCGUGCAUGGUGGGAGACAUUCCGAUUGUGCGUGACUUCUUUCGACGAUCUCAUCAAGAGGACUUGGAGCACACGUGCUCGCGCUCCGAUAAGUGGGGGAUACGGGGUCGAAAUUCGAGAUUGAUUCGAUCAGCUGGCUCGCUCGAUCGCGAAAAAUCCAGAGAAUGUAAGUGGAAUCUGGCGAAAGUCGAAGGUUCGGCGAGACUCGCGGAUUUGGUUUAAUUAAUUUUCGCAACUCGUGGUUUCGAAUCGUGGACACGAUUUCAUUGACUGAUUAAUAUCGACACGCGGAGAUUUAAUCACGGCGACCGCAAGGGGAACCUGGGUGGAUGCCUCCGUCGUGCGAACGUCCUUCCGUGUUACGCGCCCCUCGAGUAGCGGCGCGAGUAACGAGCCGUGAGAUAGGGGCAAACCGACGAGUUCAUUCGGAGCUAGUGGUGCAGUAAACUAGACCCGUGUCCGGAGCGUUACUUGCGGUUCAGUUCGACCUGUUUCGAAGUCGACCAAUUCUCGCGAAACCGGCAAUUCGAACUUUGAAUUCUCGGCGAGCUCGUGAUCGUUGUUCUGCGCCCUGCUCUCACCCCCGUUUCGCUUUCUCAUCGCCUGGGUCGCCCUCCAAAUCUGUUCGAUGCGAAAAAUAUCCAGCAGUCCGACGUAACCCCCCGACUGGAUAACUGCUCGAGGACAACGUCGUCAUCGUUUGUCGGAAGUUGAUGCUCCCGUGCACCAUCGAGUCGAACCUGUCCCUUCAGUCUCACACUCGACGCGCUCCGGUACGGACCAACACUGCCGCUCUCUUCCAUUAAAUGUUCGUUGAAUCUCGUCACUGCCGCAUUUCAAUUUCGUCGGUUGUACGAUCGACGUACUGCCUAUUUACUCGACUGUUGAACGUGGACACGAAAAAAUUGUAAACUCGACGGUGAUUCCACGAAUCGCAACUCGUGUGUCCUGCGACGACGUACAAAUCUUUGUUAUCAACACGGUGAAAUAUACUUCGAACCGCAACUCCACGAGAGGGUAACAUUUAUUCCAAGCUGCCAUCGACAAGCUGCGCACAUUUUCCAGUGAGGAUUUUUUUGUUAAAGUCCGGCGACGCGACACUCGGCGAAACUUGGCAAACAGUUUCGGAAAGUUGCCGGAAACUUUUCACCUAACGAUCGCGCGAGAAAUCGUCAACGUUCGAGAACGCCUUCGAACACCACCGAACUUGUUCGGUUACAAGUGGAUUAAUUGAGACUCCGUUGGAGGGUGAUCUCUCGCCGCCGGUAAUUGGAACGAGCGAGUGGAGGCGAGGGGGUGUGUUACAGGAUCAAUUGGUUCGUCGAAUCAUUGGGAAGAAAGAGACUCGGGGGAGGGAAAGACUUGCGGCGUCUAGAGGGGGGACUAGCUUUGCCUCGUCUUUGCUGUUCGUCGCGCAACGUGCCGGAUCGAGAAUCGGCGAGAGUGGCCGAGCGUGGAAAUCAUCGAUCAGCCCGUAGUUGAGAUCACCGAUCGUGUGACAAAAGCGGCGAUCGACGAGGGUGGUAGCCGAGGCGCCGAGGAGGACAGAAAGGCGUCGAGAGAAUGUCGACGACGACGACGACGGCGGCGCAAUGCAGCAGCGGCGGCAACAUCGGCAACAAGAAGGAGAACACCGACUACACCGGCGGCAGCAACAGCAGCUGCAAUUAGUGCCGGUUCACGACGGCCGUGAGACUAGGUAACCGCUGAAAGGGCGGCGAGCGCGCGCGGGGGGCGGCCCCGGGUCGGUCGGGGUGUUGGUUCCGAGGGUGUGUGGUGCCAGGAGUGCGCGAAACGAAGACAAAAUGUGGUGGUGGAGGUGCUGGUGGUGUGUCGCGACUACGACCACGGUGUUCGUGUUGGGGAUUGCCACGGUGUACUCGCAGCUGGAGAUAUCUGAUUUGGAUAAGCCGAUUCCGGUCAUUACUAUCAGCGGUGUUGUAGGGAACAAAGUGCAUCUUCCUUGUGAUAUUCGUUCCAACGACAACGACGAGGUCAGCAUGGUGUUCUGGUACAAGGAGGGUGCCGGCGAACCAAUCUACAGCUUCGACGUUCGUGGUCGUCGCCAGUUCAACAACGCUCUCCUCUGGUCGUCGCCGAAGGCACUGGGACCAAGAGCUUUUUUUAUCGCAGCGUCGAAUCCUGCUCACCUCAGCAUCGAUCGGCUAGAGACUAAGGACGAAGGGAUCUAUCGGUGUCGAGUGGACUUCAAGAAUUCGCCGACGAGGAAGCAGAAGAUGAAUCUGACUGUUAUAGUACCUCCGUCGAAGCCGGUGAUACUGGACGCGGCGACGAGGGACAUCUCGAGGUUAGAGGAACCGUACAACGAGGGGAGUGACGUGAACCUGAUUUGCGAGGUACGAGGUGGCAGGCCGCCCCCGAAGCUGACGUGGUACCUCGACAACACCGUGAUAGACGAGUCCUAUCACUACAACGCCGAGUCUGGCCUCACGGUUAACCGCUUGUCCUAUCCUAAAGUUGGAAGGCAACACCUCAAGGCUCGUCUAAUCUGCGAGGCCAGCAACACCAACCUCGUGCCGCCGCAGACCAGGCUGGUGAUCCUCGACGUGAAUCUGAAGCCACUGGUCGUGCAGAUUUUGACGAAGGAGCCUCGAGUUUCCGCUGACAAGAACUACGAUGUGGAGUGCAGGACAAGUGGUUCUAGACCAGAAGCAGUAAUUACUUGGUGGAAGGCGGAAAAGCAGAUUAAGAAAAUGGCGCAAAACUACCCGCUGGAAAAUAACGAGAGCCUCAGCGUGCUGAGUUUCGUGCCAAGCAUCGACGACGAUGGCAAAUACUUAACUUGUCGGGCGGAGAAUCUUGCUAUUCCUGGCAGCGCUUUGGAGGACAAGUGGAGACUGGACGUGCAGUAUCAGCCGGUAGUCACUUUGAAGAUGGGCAAGACCUUGAAUCCCGAUGAUAUCAAAGAGGGUGACGACGUCUACUUCGAGUGCUCGGUUAGGGCCAAUCCGAAAGUGUACAAGCUUGCCUGGUUCAAAGACGGCAAGGAGCUGAAAAACAAUGCCACGGCAGGUAUCGUUCUCAGCGAUCAUUCUCUGGUUCUUCAGCGUAUAACUCGAUACUCGGCUGGUGAUUACACUUGUCUUGUUGCCAACAGCGAAGGGAAAACUGCCAGUAACCCGGUGACUCUUCAAAUAAUGUACACGCCAGUCUGCAAGGAAGGCAGAAGCGAGGUGGUCGUUGGCGCGCUGAAACAGGAAACCGUAUCGUUGGUUUGUUCCGUGGAGAGCCACCCGGCCCCCUUGAUUUUCCACUGGACAUUCAAUAAUUCCGGCGAGUUGGUGGAGGUCCCUCAUUCUCGUUACUCUCAUAUGGCGGCGGCGGUCGGCACUCCGUCCGUUGCCGAAAGCCUGAAGGAGUAUCCACAGUUCCACGGGUCCAGGCUGAACUACACGCCGGCAACGGAAAUGGACUACGGCACGGUGGCGUGCUGGGCGAGCAACCAGGUUGGCAAGCAACGGACGCCGUGCCUCUUUCAGGUGAUAGCCGCAGGACGUCCGUACGCUCUGCAUAACUGCAGCACGACGGAAAUGUCGGCGCCUUUGGACGCGGAGGAACUGAACGCCAAGUCCGGGACAGGGCUGAUCGUUCGCUGCUUGGAGGGUUACGACGGUGGCCUCCCGAUCCACAGUUACCAGCUGGAAGUGGUGGCGGACGAGGACGGUGGGCCAAUCUUAUUGAACAAAACCGUGCCCGCAAGCCCGAACGGGCCGACUUUCGAGGUGGCAGGCCUAACGACAGGAAGGAGUUAUCGACUUUUUCUGUACGCGAUUAAUGCAAAGGGGAGGAGCGAGCCUGCCAUUCUCGAGCCAGUGACCCUGAAGGGUGUCGCCAUGUACACGACCGGGAACACGGACGCAUCAAUGCUGAGCCCGUUGCUGCUGGGCCUGGCAACAACAGCGACCCUUUUGGCCCUGGCCGUAGCUGGAAUCCUGGCGGCGCUCUACCGGAAGCACUCGAACGGCCGGCCAGGAAGUCCAAAGCACGCUCCCAUCGUGUGCGAGCCACCUAAUGCAGGUGCAACUACUCCGGUACACCCGCAGACCAAGCAGUCGGUCGAUGACAUCGAUCCGGACAUCAUACCCAACGAGUACGAGAGAAGACCUCUAACGUACACUCCGAUAUAUAAGACACCGCCGCAACGAAGAAAGAAGGAUCGCGUUAUGGACGAGGCGAUCUCGCCGGAGAAAAGGCCGAUCGUGCAGCACGGUUUAGAUUUACCGCCGGAUCCAAUGUUGACCGAUUGUCUGCCAACGCCAACCAUAAACUAUCCUCAGAAUCAUGUAUCCCAAGCGAACGCUUACAGCAAUCCACCCACUAUGGCGGACUUCAAGCAGAUGGCAAUGGACGCUUACAAUCAGCGAAACAACCAAAACAUGUACUACAGUCUCCAGAGGUCAGGCAAAGGGUUGUCGUCGAUGCCGCAGAGGCCUGUCUCCUCGUCGGUUUCCGCGCAGGGGAAGUUCCAUCAGCCGGAAGUGGUGACACGCUCGAAUCGAAUACAAGAGAGUUGUAUAUAAAACUCGCGGCGAGACUCUCGCGAUGAAAGACUCUAGAAACUCCGUGUGACUCGUCGCAACGUCCGUGUGGAAGAAGCUAGUUACGAGAAAGUGCGCGAAAUUGUCGCUCCCGAGUCCGUGAAACGAAAGGAGUCGAAAUUCUCGCGAGCCUCGUGUCUGUCGCAGCGUUGCGUCUUCCUGCGAUCGACGUGCGAAAUUUCCAAGCGUCUUCACGAAACAAUUGCGAACAAUUCGCUGUACAAAAGAGAAAGAGAAGAGAGAGAGAGAGAGAGAGAGAGAGAGAGAGAAGACCGAGAGGAGAUAACACGAAGAAAAAGAGAGAGAAAAAACCGACGAGAAAAUUCCGAGACGAUCGUGACCAGGACGAGGACUCGCAUCCGGGAUAGACCUGCGAUUUUUAGUCGCGUGCACGAUGAGAUUCGACGAGUGGAUAUCCAGUUACUCGCCCGGGUUAAUGAAACGUCGAUGAUUAGACAGGAACUCUAUGCUUGAUACGCGCGCGCGUAUGUGUGUAUGUGUGUGUGUGUGUAUGUGUGUCGGAUCGUGAUAGGAUCCACGUAUCGAAUCGUGCAUUCUUUUUCUACCUGCAGAUUUUUAUAAUAGAGUUGGGCCACGUUCGCGAGUAAAACGAGGACAGAAGGGCGGAGAGUACGAGGGAAACGGAGCUCGAUAAGAGCCCAAGUCCAAUUUGACGAGCGGUCAGCAUGGUUGAAUUCACCAAACGCACACGGUUCGUGAAGGCUUCUAUGUGCGUUGAAACACGUUGCCAUGCAUGGCGUCGGCACUUAAGUUACAAUGUAUCGACGAAUGACAGAAACAACUCGUAUCGAUGCGAUGAAAUCGUUCGAAGAAUCUCGUCUUGGUUAAUGAACACAGCUCAAGUUUUAUCGAAUUUCAUCCAAUAAUCGGAAAGUAGAAUCGUUUUUACGAUCAUCAAAUUUUUACUUGUUUCACCAACAAAGGGUCACUUACUAGUAAAGCCCGUUUGUUUUUAAUUUAAUUUUUUUUUUUUUUUUUAACGUUAAAGAACGUUUCUUAAAAAUAUUCGACGAUCAGUAUUUUAAGUAGAAAGCUGUGAAAAAGCUCCAUAAUUUUUUUCGAUAUAAUUUUUUGUCACUCGACCAGCUAAGGAAGAUCGUUACAUUGAACGCAGAUUUCGUGGUGAGCGUGCGUGGCAACGUGUGCAGAAACUUUGACGAGGAAACGGAUAUCCCGAAGACGAACUUCGUUCUGGUUCACGUACGUACACGAGAGUUUUGGAAUCGUGCGUUUUACUGUUUAUAUGAGAUUAGUUUUUGUACAAAGAUCUAUUGUAAAUAGGCGAAACCGCCUGGCCCUAGUUGGAUUAGUCACCGAUGUCCGAAUUUCAUUCGCUAAAAAAGUCACGUGUAAAGUGGAGGGGGGAAGAGGAUUGUUCGGUCACGUAAGAUAAAUACUCGAUGGCAUACGAAAUAAAGAGAAUACGUUUCGUCUGUUUUACA